AUGCAUAUACCAACAAAGACAGCAGAAGACAAGGAAAGAAAUAUAUCUGUAAAAAAAAAAGAAUAUGACGAUGCCUUGAAACUCAAAAGACUUGAGAAACAGACCCUGCCAAUUCUUUCGAUUUUCCACAAUCCAAGCAGUAACGCGUCCCAGAACGCUCUUCGGUUACUUCAGGCCAAGCAGAAACGACCAUCCGGAGAGGAUGUGUACAGAGUGGACGUGCAGGACAAUCUGCAGGAGCCUCUUACUUCUAUCCAGCUGAAGCAGAUUGCAGAAUAUCUUGGAGGUGGAAAGCCAGAUUGGAAACCUAUGAUUUCAACAACUAGUACAACUGCCACAGAAAAUCAAUCAUUUGAUUAUGAUGCUCAGCAGUUACUCCAUGACCAACCAAGCGUAUUGCAGAGACCAUUGGUAGUAGACUGGAACCAAGGCAAGGCAGCUGUUGGGCCUGCAUUAGAUAAAAUUCAGCAAUUGAUAGAAUCCAGACUCAAACUGUAAAUUCCGAUAUAAUUUAUAUAAAGACAUGAUAUUUGCUUUAUUUUUAUUGUAUUUUAUUGUAUUUUAUUGUAUUAUAAACAUUUUUUUUUGUUUGUUUGGUUUCUUUUAUAUAUAUAAUGUGUAUAUAUGAAUGAAUUGAUGAAUUAAUGAAAGAUGUUCAAAUAAGUAAUAUAUAUAAAUAUAUAUAUAUUAAAUAAAAUAUAAUAU